AGAUCACGUCCUCUACACCGAGACUGGUAGGCUCAUACUGAGUAUUCUAUUUAGGUCGGCGGGUUAAGUUUAUUAGACCAGACCAACCUCCGGGAAACAAUAGGUUGAAAGAACUACAUUUUAGCCUAAGAUGUCCAAGCAUCACAUACGCCGGGCUACAGCAGAUGAUUUCCAAGCCGUCAUGGAUAUUGGGGAUGUCCUUUUCGGACUGGACUAUCUUCCACAACAUUACCACACCUUCAUUGACGACCCGAAUGCCAGAUCAUACGUAUACCUUGUCGGCGAGGAAAUCGUUGGAUUCUGCAGUCCGCACAUCAUCGAUAACGGGACGACGUUCCUUAUGCGAGGAAGCAGGGUCAAGGACGGCUUCCGAGGCCAAGGGAUUUAUGGCCGUCUUCUGAAGCAUGUCUACGAUGAUUUCACAGACACGGACACCAUAAAACGUGACGUCAUGACGACUAACAACGUAAACUAUGAGAAGAACGGAGGCUUAAAGAAAACGCACACGUUUAUCUCAAAGAAGGAAACCCUCAACUAUGGAACCAAAUUAACAGAUGUAAAUCUACCCGUGAUAUCUGCUGACGAUCGUCCCAAAACAUUCACGGCUGCGGACAUGAAGUUACUUUUAGAUUGUAAGGAAUCAUGCGAGGAACUAUUUCCGGACGGCAAAAUGGUAGUGGCGUGGCUGCCUCUUGACCUCCUGCCUGCCAAUUUGAAGUACAUGGUGCCACCAGACUCAUUUGCGUUGCAGUCAAGGGCAGAUAAUACACACGUCUCUCUUCUCACAGUUGCAUCAACUGUCAAAUGCCAACGGGGCCUGAGAUAUUUUUGCGACGUUUUCGGAAGGGACGCGACAUCACUGCGACACCAUUUAGUGAGCCACUUGCACAACGCGCGCAGUUUGACUGAAGGUUUUGUGGUAUUUGAGAUCAUCAUUGAAACCAGCCUUCGCGUCAUUGCUGGUGAUAUCAUGAAGGAUGUGGGUGUUCCAAUUCUAGAUCUUGCCAAACAAGCCAUGGUACUUCUUGAAAAACCGUUUGGGUAACUUGCUUGAAACAGCUAAUUUCAUCAUUUCGAAGAGAUUUUAUUUUAACGAGACUUGUAUUUUUGUACUCAGUUAUAUUCGUUGUUCCUGGGUGACAGAGUUUUUACAGUGCAAUAGGAUCAAGUUAUAGAGAGUUUGGCUGCAACUAUGAGACCCUUCGGCCCUGGGUAUACCUUUCGCCGGGGGCUCAAUGCAAAACCUAUGGGCCAACACGCAGAUUUGUCCAUACCCAUAGGUGAUUGCACUAAAUUAUGGUCAUGGUGUACGGACGUGGUUUGGGUGGCCAAUAUCGGUGUCUUAGUUGCAUACCUGCCAUUUUACGGGUACCGUGUGGGACGCUGUUCCUGAUGUGUCUGGUCCGGAACAGAAAAAGUCAAACACAUUCCAAAAAAUAUUUUUUACAUAACACCUGAAAGUACAAGUGUUCCCUUAUUCUUUUGCAGGUUCCUUGACAAGCUUUGUAUUGCACGGUGGGUAAAAUUCUGGAACAAAAUAAAGGAACACUUGUACUUUCAGGAGUUCCCGUAUUCGUUCCCAUGAGUAUAUAUUCAGAUUUGUCUACAGUGUCGGGAAUGUAUAUAUAUAUAUCCAGCUUUUACACUGUAAAGCUUUGUCCCGUUUACUGUACAUGUCAAGGUCUAUAAGACACAAGGUUGACUUAAGCAGAAUAAAUAUGUUCAAUGGAUACAAUAUAUUUGGGUUCCAAA